GGGGCCUCUACAACAACAGGUUUAGCAGCAAACUUGCUAGAUCCUAACGUUUGCCGCCGCGUACCCGGUAUUGCACAUCGGCACCCGCUGGAUCACCGCCAACCUACGCCAAUUUCCACAGCCGUCAAUCUCAUCCUGCACGGCUGCAUCCCUGGCGGCGGCGGGAUCAGGGGUUACCGGCCUACACAGGGCAGAGGGACUGGUAUGAAACGAGGAAAUGAAACAGCGGGACACGGAUGGCGCAGGUCCAGGAACAAGCGGGGAGACUCCAUCAAGCGAAAGAUUUGCGCUAGCAGCACGAUCGAGUUCUGCACGCCGAGAGUGCUUGGUGAGGUCAAGAGCUACUAUGGCCACAUCACGGUCAAGCGCAAGUGCACCGGGGCUUGACUUUGAGCCGAGCCGACCGUUGCAGGACGCCUGGCGCCACACGCCCCGCAACGGCUCUGAUGAGAGCGAGCCCUACGCCAACGCCCACCAGCAGGAGCAGCAGGAGCCCGCCCCCAGCGCCUGCUGCUUCCCCCACAAGUCCUGCAUGCGCUGGUGCUAUGCCAGCUUAUCUGCUGGCUGCAGGAGCGCCCCCUGCCAGCUUUGCCAUGCCUAUGACAACCACUGGCACCCGCAGAAGCCGCCCGGCCUGCCCAAGGCACCGAAGCUCGCGGCCCCGACCAACCCCGCCGCCGCUGCAAGUUCCAUCUCUACCUCCACCGUCGCCCACAUCUCGACGUCGCCGCGAUGGGGCGAUGAGGAUGAGGACGAGGCUGACGGACUCGACCUGAGCGACCUCUUUGAGCAGACGCCCUGGGUGAAGCAGGGACUGGCGGAGCUGGCCGCGGCCGAGCAGCAGCAGGCGGAAGCCGCGGCGGCCGCGCCCGCGGCAGCGUCAGAGUCUGGCGGCAGCAGCAGCAGCAGCAGUAUUGCCCCUCGCACCAGCAUUAGCAGCAGCGGUGGCGCGAGCAGUAGCUGGGCGGACGAGGUUGAGGCUCAUGAGGAGGCGGAGGAGGAGCUCGACCUUGGGUCGCUCGCCGACUGGAUGAAGGAGGGCCUGGCGGAGCAGGCGGCGGCGGCGGCGGCAGCUGCCAGCGGCACCAGCGGCAACCCCAGCGGCCGCCGCUGGGCGGAUGAAGUUGAGGAGGAGGAGGACGGCGAUUUCGGCGCCUACCUCGCCUCGCUGUCGCCCUGGAUGGCAGAGGAGAUGGCGGCGAUGGCGGAAGCAGAGGCCGAGGGGGAGUGCGUGCUGGCGGCGGCCGAGGAGGAGCAGGAGGAGGCCGUCGUCACUGAGCGGGAGGACGCGCCUGACUCGCCGCUUAGCUCGUGCUGCUGCGCCGUGCCGGACAGCGCCCGCACCAGCCGCAGCGCCAGCAGUUGCAGCCUGCUCUCGGUUGCGGCGGCCGCAGGCAGUGAGGCGCCGCAGCAGAUGGAGUCGGUGGAGGCGGCAGCGGAGGAGCAGAGCGUUGACAAGGAGGCCUGCACCGCCGCCGGCAGCAGCAUGGGCAGCUGUGUCGUGCCGCCGACCGCGGCGGUGCAGCAGGGUGAUGAGUGGCAGUCAGCUGUGAGGCCCUCGCGCCUGCGUCUGGCGAUCGAGCUGGCGGCGGCGGCGUGGGCCGAGCAGGAGCGGGAGCUGGAGGAGUUUGCCGCGUUGGAGCGCGCGUGCGGCUGCUUCCCGCCACCGGCAGCGGUGGCGGCCUGGUAGUAGCAAGGGCUGCUUCGUUCCGUUGGGCUUCCGUGUUAUGUCGUCAGCUGCAUGAGCCGAGCAGCCAGAGGCUUUGUUGCUUUCGUCAUUUGAAGAUGCAGCAGUAGCAGCCGCAGCCGCCGCAGCUGUGGCGCCGCCAGCCGGGCGCAAGAGGGGCUCCUCACACGUAUGUACGUGUGCGGAUGGUACAGUAUCGAAGUGAGCCAGCAGGGCAUGAGGAGCGCGUUGAAUGCGAAAGAAGCAGGCGGCAAAGCCGUGCAGCACUGGGUAUUACGACAUGUGAGGCACACGCACCUGCAGCGAAUGCGUGCAAGUGUAGACAGCUAGGCUGAUCGCCGCUACUAGCUACUGACGAAUGAUACUAGCAAGUGAACCAGCACAUGGUGCCGCCGCACAUUUCUCAGUAUCAGCACGACAGCAGGGCGUGCCAAUCGACGUUUACCGCAGGGGACAGGACUGAUUCGCGGGAGUCUGGCAAUGCUGUACUGCUGUUAUACCGUAUGUGAGCGAGUGGGAGUGACAAAUGCCGUACUUGAUGCUGGAUGGAUUGCGCAAGCAAGCACUCAGUGCGGUAUUCAUUGAGACAUCGCCAAGUCAACCCUGCUGAUGUUUUUUAAGAUGUAUACGUAUGUGUGACUGUAUGGGACCGGGGAACCAGCAGUCCCCUUUGGCCAUUUUAACGACUGCUUGUGUUUUGCUGCCGCGCGUGCGUUUACUUGCUGAGCGAGAGGGUGGCAGGUGGCGAGUAGCGCUGUGCCGAUGGACGCAGGGCUGCCUAGGGGGCUACAGGUUAGUAAUGGGAUGGAGGAGAGGGAGUCCAGGUUACGCCAGAACAGACCUAACGCGCGGGAGUCACAGAAUGAUUGUGGAGAAGGAGCCCGCAGAUUGAUGUGUGCGCAUAACGUGGUGACACACAAAAUAAGUGUAAGGCCCGCUGCAGGAGCGGACACUGUGUUCCAGUGUGCGGUGUGUGUUUGCUGAUUUUUUUCGCGGUCGUAUGUGCGGUUUUUGGGCUGAGCCUGCGAGAGGCUGUCUGUGGCACGACGUGUGUCCUGUGGGUGCAAGUGCCUCCGACCCUUCCGGCAUUCCAGAUGCCAGGAAGCGGGAUGCGUGCUUGAUUUGAGACUCGCAGUGAUUCUUACAUACUAGAGCCCUUUGCUCUUGAGAGAGUGCGCGACGACCCUUGAGGAGGCCGGAUCCUUGAUCCACUGGUCCAUUGAUUCUUUCCAUCUUUGCCUAGAUUGGCAGACCUAUUUGUUACCCAUCAUCAUCCGACAUUCGAUAGGCCGAUGUGCACGUUUGAUGCUGAUGUGGGCGUGACUCGAUUUGUGGUUGGCGGCUCGUUGGGGCUAGUGAAGCGUGAGACCGUGCGCGGUGGUGCUUGCCUUGCACGGACGGACGGCUGUGACGUGUGUAUAUGGCGUGUGGAUUUCGCACACACGCUCUGUGGAGAUUGGGGUGCAUGUGCGUAUACGGUAUGUGACGAACGGCGAGCACGUGUGGGCGGCUGGAUGCAUGGUUGGUCCACGUUGGGAACUGAUGGGACCCGUCCCUGCCGAAGCUAGUAGACUCCAUUACUGCUAGCUGUGGUGCUGCACAGGUCGCUAAAGGCGGAAUGCAUGCAUGGGCAUGUAAGGCUCAUGGUAGUGUGCAUGCGUUUUGCCUCUCACCCCCUCCCCCGGGACUUAGCUAAGCGCUUGCAAAGACUCCUUGAGCAUAGGGCCGACCUACUAGCUAACCACGGCAAUCAUCGAUGGCGGUGAUUGUGUACGUGGCCUCCCAGCAUGGCAAGGCACCAAACUCGCUUGGGCGGGCUGUAACUGUAAUGCACU